GGCAUAGCAGCUGUGCUGUCUUGCAGCGUGAUGGCGCUUGCGCUUUCAGAGGAGCCCAGGACUCGCCCAGCCCUGGGAGGUGCAAGAAAGUUGACGCCGAGGCCAAUUCCAAAGUGCGAAGACUUUUAUCCAAGUUGCUUGGACAGCGAUGAGAACCGAUGGGGCGCUGACCUGCGCAGUGCAGUGACACGGCUGGAAGCACGGAUGCAUGCGCUGGAGGGCCAGAACCUGCGCUCCGAUCGACGUGCCGCAGAGCUCGCCGGUCUCACGCAGGCCCUCACUGAGGAGCAGCGCGCGCUGCUGAUCCGGUUGGAUCGUUUGGAGGACUUGAAGCGAAGAGACGCUUUGCAGGAGCACCGAACCCUGGCCUUGGAACUACGUUUGACGGUUUCGGUGGCUGAGGAGGCGCAGCAGAAGCAGCAGCAGCGGAUUCGAUCUUUAGAGGAGUCCAUGGGUGCAAGGCUUCGAAAAUUGGAGCAUGGAGGAGGAGAGAUGGCUGCUGAAACGGAUCCUUCAGGCCGUAGCUUGUGGCCAGAAGUGUUUGGGUCUCAGUCUCGGGCGAACGAUGAGGCCAAAGACGUCUCACUUGUUUGUGAUUCCCUGGAAGCGAAGCUGUGUGGUUUGACAGCCAGCGUGGAAGAGAUCCAGAAGCAGCUGGUAUCUGUCUCAAGGAGAUGCGAGAGUCCUUCGUUGUCAGUUCAGGUUGCUGAACCUGGAUCGCCAAGCCUAGAAAAAGCAGGGGCAAUGCCUUUUGAAGAGAAGUUGGAGCAGCUGGAGCACUUCUGUCUGGACCUCCGGGAAACUUUGGAGGACCGGCUCCUGCUGGUGCUGGCGGACCUCGAAAAGCAAGUCCCUGAUCUGCUGCAGAAAUUCCAGCGGGAGUCAGAAGAUGGGGCUGAACGUGCUGAAAAACUGAGAGAGCUGGAGGUGAGGGUCGAGAUGUUCUGCCGCCGCAUGAGCACGCAGGAGGAAAGAUUGCAAAGUUGCGCAGAGCGGGCUGAGAAGAGCGUUGCGCUGCCACAGCUUCGCAGCCUUUGUCGGGAAGAGUUGCAGAAAAAGCUCAGUGAGGAGGAUUUGCUGGGCACAACGGCCCUGGUACGGAAGCAGCAAGAUGCACUCAAUGAGGUGCAGCUUCAACUGCAGAGGCUCCUGGAUCGGCUGCACUUGGCUGGGCUUCGACAGGGACCAUGUUGCUGUGAGAGCUUGGACGCUGACUUGCCAUUCGUAGUGUUGAUGGAUGUGGCUUGAUAGGGGGCGUCGCUUGCUUCUCUAGUCGUGGAUUCACACCCUUUUGAUGGACACAAUUUCUCCAUUGGAAUGGAGAUACUAGUACUGAUUUCGGACCUUCGCGCACAACGAAGACUCCAAGGGUACCAAGGGUCCCAAGGGCUCCAAGGGCCCCAACCCCAUGGCACAGAGGCGGUUCUGAGCUGACCGCGCUGGGAAUGCGCUGGCCACGGUUCUAGUUGUGACGGACUUUUUACGCGUCUCAGUUGGAUGUUUGUUGCAGCACCUUCUUCCCAGCGCCAGCAUCUCUCUGAAGUCCCUGUAGUUUAGAAAACAAUAGAAGACACAGAUGAAAACACGACCAAAGGCGUGGUGUUUGCCAGAAAACCUCCAGGACUUUGCGGAAUCAAAGUGGUUGGAAAGUCAUGAAAUGUCAUGAAGUUCUGGCUGCCAAUGCAACUCUCGUUCCGCCUGCUCACCAUCCGGAAAAG